GUGCCAGAAACUGCCUCAGUGGAAACAGAAACUAUUGACAUUAAAUAAAAGCCUGGCUGAGGCUGCGUCUGCACGUGUACAGCUCAGGGUGUGCACACGGUGACCAGCCCAUGGUGACAGCUUCUGGCACUCAGGACCAGAGAGUCGUACAUUUGCCACAUGAGAAGAAAGCAGAGGGCGGAGAGGAGGAAGUGACGGGAAGGGGGUUCUGUUUCAGUUCUGGUUCCAGAGCUGAUGGGACGGCCAGUCCAGUCCUCGGCAGGGGUGGCCUGAAUGUACCAGUUCCUGUGGCAUGGAGGGUGCAGCCCCCGCUUGUCUGUGAUGGCAGCUGCGGUCUUCACACUGGGGAGAUCCUACUUAUUGGCAGAUGCAAGGAGGACGGCAUCCCGGAGCUUGUCCUCAGUGGGCUCGUUCACACGCCCUCUGUCAUUGCUGUGCACCACAAAGAUCCAGCCUUGGGUAUUCUGAAAGGAGUGGCGUCUCAGCAGCCGGAUCUUGUCCUAGGCACCCACAUCCCUCAUGGGCCCUUGAAGAGGUUGGCGAAGAUAUUCCCCAUCCUUGUGGAUUCUUGGAAGCGACACUGGCCGGAGACCUCGGCAGUGGCGGAGGUUGAAGGCACUAAGGACGGGAUGCUGAACCCUGCUACUUCCAGUUCUCACACAAGCUUCAGACGCGCCCGCAUUUCCCGGCCGGAGCUGGUGGCGCUGGUGCGCACGCGCACGGCCAACCCUCAACUGGGAGCUGCGGCUGCGACCGCCAGGGGGCGCCGUUAA